CUUACUUCUCAUAAACCUGAUUUAGGGUUUAUCCCAUUCUCUCUCUCUCUCUCUAAUUCCUUGAAUCAAUCAUGGAGACUAAUAAGAUGAUCUGCAACGGCUGCGACAACGACGAAUUCGAAGAAGAAGACGGCUUCUUCUACUGCCUCCAGUGCGGCGUCCGAGCCGACGAUAUAAUCGCAACCGCCGUCGACGACGAGGACUUCGUCGGAGACGGUCGCGGCGGAGCAACGUAUUCGCAGCUCAACACUCGCCGUGUAACAACGCAACCAACAGCUACUCCUUCGCAGCAUCUCGAGGAAACGAAUCGCUACUCCCAGUUUCGCUCUCAGCUCAAAUCCGCAAGCAAGAUCACUCAGCCCAACGGCGGCGGCGGCGGCGGAAACGACGUAGGAGUGCCAACGGAUCCGGAGGAUUUCGGAGGAGGAGGAGGAGAAGAAGCUGUGAAGGCUUUGAGCUACGAGGAUUGUUACCAGCAGACGAGAGAGAGAUACGCUAACGGUCUUAUCAUGAUGAUAACUUAUCAGUGCGACGCGUUGGUUGAGAAGUUCAACGUGGCGCCGUUGAUUAUAGGGCUUGUGGGACCCAUCUGCUUGCGUUUCUUGGCUCUCUCUGGUGCCUUUGAUCAAGAUUGGGCUGAUAAUGCUAUUCGUGAUUCCGAGCUUCAGUCUCAAGAGACAAAUGGAGAAGUAAAAGAGGUUAAGAAGCGGCGUAGUAACCGAGACAAAGAUAGUUCAGAACACCGUAGCUUUGAUGGUAAAAGAGCAGUAGCGAUAUGGCUAAGUCAGCUCAGGAGCUCUCUACCACUGUCGAGCUCUCUAGCUAUAUCUUUCCUCGCUUGUCACAAAGCGGGAGCACCGGUUCUGCCCACUGAUAUAGUGAGAUGGGCGCGAGAAGGAAAGCUUCCUUACCAAUCAUGUUUCCUCAAAAUUCAAGAACUGAUGGGAGAGAGAUCAGCUGCUUGUCCCGUGGGAGCUGGAGUCAUGUUUAGCCCCGAUGAGAUUGUUUCUGCUCACAAGUUGGAAGCGCAAGCCGCCUCCAUUGCUGAUGUUAUCGGUUUGGUUUUGCCUCCUGUGAAUUUCCACGGCAUUGCUUUGAACUAUCUGAAGCGUUUGUCUGUUCCCGUGGAUAAGGUUAUCGAUCUUGUGCGUCUCUGGGCAAUGCCUUCGGAGAUUUACUUGUCCAAAAGCCAGCACAGGCUUCCCACUCGUGUCUUUGUCAUGUCUAUUCUUAUUGUGGCGAUACGGAUGCUUUAUAACAUUAAUGGUUUCGGUAUGUGGGAGAAGAGUUUGGUUGAUGGUGCUGCUUCUGAGGAGUCUGGUGAUGAUGAUGAUGGAGAGUUAAUACAAGGGAAGAAGAAAGCAACUGAGUUUGACACUAAAGAGCUUAUGAAGACACUUGAAACGAAAUAUCACGAGCUCGCUGCUGAAACCACCGCUGAUUUUGAAAAUGAUCUUUGUUCAUAUUUAACGCACGGGAAGAACGAGAUCUUCGCUGGAUUAGAAGCAGCUUCAGCUGAUGACACGUACAGAACCGUUGGUAACCUGUGGAAUUUUUACAAGAAGGAAGAAGAGGAAUCUGAAACUCCAUCCAAGAAGGGAAGAGACACUCCUUGUGAGCCAUCAAUGGAAUGUUCUCCAUCGACACCAGAUGAUGAUAAUCAAGAAGAUAGUGGAUCAAAGGAGAGAGCGAUAAGCAGACUAAUAGCAGACAUGGGAGAGAACUAUUUCGUCUACAUACCGCCACGAGUGAAGGUAAAGAGACAAGGGUACAUUCAAUACGUGAGGAAGAAAGAUGAUGGAGCGUUGGUAUACGCUGUCCACGCUGAUUACUACAUUCUUUUGCGUGUUUGCGCUCGGGUCGCUGAGAUUGACGCUAGGAAUAUGCAUAGGGGUGUGUUGAGCUUUGAGAGGAGAUUAGCUUGGAUUGAGAAAAGGAUUGAUCAUGUUUUGCACCUAACUCCAACAUCUAUGAAAUGUAAGCACUGUGACUAUGGUAACGUUGAUUCAGAGGAUCAUGAUGACGAUAUGGUUUUGUCUUAGUAUCAUCGUUCAACUGUUUUUUGUGACUGGCGUUGUAAAUGAACACGAGGCGUGUGACUAACGUUGGGAGCCCUAGUUCGGUGUACUUAGCGAAUGUUUAGGCUCCUGAUGGGGUCAAAGUGAUUGCAAACCCUAAGAGACUUGUGUUUAGCCAUGUGGAUCAAACGUUGAGCUAUAGAGUUUGGGUGUGGCUACCUUUGUGGAGGGACAGUUGAUUUGAGUCAACUCUAAGAAUAUGAUGCAGCGAGUUAGGAGUCCAAUAUGAGUGACCUUGAAGAAUCAGUGAGCCAAUGUUUGAAAUGUUUCAAGACGUUGUGUUAGUGUCAAUGGUCGAUUUAUUAGGUAAAGACGAAACGUAAACCAGAAGUGAGCUACAUUUGAGUUGUGAGUGAAGCUGAUUGAUUGAUUGUUGUUUUUCUUUUCUAAGUACUAACUGUAUUUCAUUUUUCAGAUUUUAUAAAUGAAACUACAUGUGUUUCUAUCGUA